GGACAGUAAACAAAUCAAUCAUCGAUGCUCCUUUUAGAAUCCAAGCAAAGAGGUUUGAAUUCCAAUUUUCAGCCUUUAACAAUCUUAUUCAGAUUACUGAAAGAGGACGAUGGAAAUCUUCCCAAUUUUGGAUAAACUUGAAUAUGGUUCAGUGGUUGUCUUCUUGUUUUGAAUUUGUUCUUCUAAAUCCGGUGACUACCUACUGGGACCAAGACCUUACGGCAGGUAAUCGAGCAUUCCGCUUUACUCUGGACACAAAUGCUUCUGGAUUUUUCAUUAGAAUUGUUGAGAAAUUUGAAAAUGGUCAUUCUAUAAUCUUUGUUCCUGAGGACUGUUGCAGGCAUGGGUUUAGAUUAUUUCUUGCAUUUCUCAAUAAAGCAUCUUAUCUACUGCUAAACAAUAAGGGCAAUCUUAAUUUAGCAACACAAAAGGUAGGUGAUGCUACCAAAGAUCAUUCAGAGGCUGUGCCCAAUGAACAAACUCUCAUGUCUGGAAUUCCAAAGCUGAAUGUAGAAGCCAGAAACUCCAAGGCAGGGCCAAGAGCUUUAACAAAUUUGGAAAACAAUGAUACCAUUGUGACAUCUCAAAAGGCCACCCUGGAGAAAUCACAUGUAGGAGACAUGGGUAGCAAUGAGGGAGGCUCAAGUGGUUCAUUUAAUGUGGCGCAAAAAGAUUGUGAUGCUGAUAAUUCUAGUGUGGCAGUAAUUGGAUCCGAGGAUACUUUUCAAACAACCACAGUGAGGAACUCACCUAUUGAAGGCAUUGGGUUAGCGUUGGCAGUUAGCUCUUCGGUAAGUUUUGGGACAGGGGUAUUUCACGCCAUUACAGGCUCAAUUUGUAAAGGUAAGAAUGACAAGGAGACUUUUAGCCUAAACAAGGAUGACAAUGAGGGUUGUGUUGUUAAUAAGCUAAUAGAAUCCUCUUCACAAGCAUCUCGAAGCUCAACUAUUGAUAAGCUAUCAAUUCAUGCAUCUCCGUUCUAUCCUAGAAAUCCUUUGCCAAAUAACCUAUCUUUGAAGGACAUGAAAGCCCUAAACCUCAAGGCAGAGGAUAUCGGAAAGGACUCGAUGAUGACCAGUAGUUCAUCAAAGAGUCCUGUUGGCAUGUUGGGGACUAGAGUUGGUGACAGUGAUAGUUAUCAUACAUUGGAAGAGGAACAACAAAUGUUGUUUGGGGAUAGGGUCUCGGAAGAAGUUGAUUUAGUAGAGUCUGAGCAAAUUCAUGAAGAUAUUUUUUUUCAAAUUGUGGAAGACUUUGAUCAUAAAGGGAAUGAGUUGUUUUCUCAUUCUACAUCAAUUCCCCUGGGAAAGGUGGAGGGAUUUUACAAGGGCAUCCCCUCAGCCUCGUUUACAUAUGAAGAAGAAGGAAUAUUGGCAGAGAAUUUUAAGUUUGCAGUAAUUGGGCGCAGUAGCCAAGAGCUUAAUCUGCAAGAGCUAAAAGCUUUCCUUCUUAAGGGUGGCUUCAAUGGAGGAUUCAAAAUAAGAAGGGUGUCUGCAAAAACCAUCCUUUUCAUCUUCACGCAGGAAGCAGACUAUGUCAGAUUCCUUAGGAAGCAAAACUGCAUCAACAUUUGGAACUUCUUUGCUAACCUCCUACAAGGACCAAGAGCAAGAAGAGGUAUCACACUGAGACAACAUUUCCUAGAAUGGGGUCUUAGAGCAAAUAGUAAGACACAAAGAGGUAACUUGAGAAUGGUUAUACCUGGUAUUAUAGCAUGGAACAUAUGGAAAAUAUACACUGCAGCAAUCUACAAUGAAGAUAGCCCUGCUAUGUCUACAACGCUAAAAGGAAUUAAAACAACCAUUCAGCAAUGGAAUUGGCUACAUAGGAAAAAGAGCUGGAUGAUCAGAGACCAAGAAUUAUACGACUUGGGGUUUGAAAUCUUCAGCCUCAGUGGGAAGUACUUACAUGUGGAGAAGAUUGGGAUUCAUAGCAGGCAUUCGAUUAGGAGGAGGGGAGUCAACGACGAUUUCACUGAAGGAAUUUCCCCAUAGAAGCGAAGACAUCUCCAAGAUCAAUAUUCGACCUGGAACUCACCGAUGGAAAGAUUUAAUACCAAACACUCAGCGGAAGAGGUGACAAGAAUUGAGUCUGCAGAUUGAAAUGGAUCCUUUCCUAGUUUUUAGAUUUGUCUUGUCACGGAUUUAAUUUUGUUUCUAUUGGUAAUUUUGAUAUAUUUUGUCCAACCUUCGGGGCUUCGGUCUAGUCCUCCCCGAACGUGUAUUCACAUUUUUAAUUAAUAUAGCCGAUAAGG